AUGGAUUCGGUGCGUGCCAAGCAUGCGGCAGAGCUAGAGGCCAAGCGAAAGAAGCUAGAGGAGAUUCGUAAGAGGAAAGCUGCAGUAAGAGCUGCAGAGGAACUAUCUUCUGCUUCUGAGAGUGUCAACCAAGCUAUUGGACAACAGGAGAACAAAUUUGACGAUUUUAUCCAGAAUAUUUUGAAAACAUCUGGGGAAAACGACGAGAUAUCCAAGAACGAUGAGGGAAAAGAAGUUGACAACAAAGGGAAAAGUCAGACUUUGAUCAACACUCUGUCCCUAGCAGAGAAAUUAUCAUCGCUAUCUACUGUGAACAAUGUGGCCGAGAUGCACAUCCAGCCGACGUUUGUGGAGACGUAUACAAAGCAUACAGAGACAGAUAUUACGUUGGAGCAUGAGAUUAUUGUCAAGGCUGACGUUGUGUCUGAUAUGAUGGACGUGGACAACACGGAUGACGAUUCUCAUAAACCGAUAGGAACUAUGGACGACUCGACGCUCGACACAUCGUCUCUACGCACUACUAACCAAUUGCCAGUAGACACUUUGCAAAUGGCUACCAUAGAUAGCUCUACGAUGAUUUUAUCAGCUGAGGAUAGGACUGCUUUGUUACAGUCGGAUGCUAUGGAGACGUUCCUGAACAAGGCAUCGCGGGUUAUUGAACGAGCUUUAAGCACGUCGAGCAAAUUUGAUAUUAUGAUUGACUAUGGGGAAGAUGUGGAGCAGGAUGCAGCUGCAGAAGAGGCCAUUGAGUCACUCAAGCAGCAACAUGUCUUUGUGGACGACAAAUGGUCUAACCACAGAGCAGUAACUGAUGUAGAUGUGUCGCCCUUUUACCCAGAACUGACACUCGUGGCUUAUACAGCCCGCAAUUUUUUGGAGGAAAAAGCUGUGGACGACGGCUUGUUGUCUCAGUGGGACACGAUGGGCAAAUCUCCAAAGGUAGCGUUGAUGGAAGUAGCGGCUAUUACGGAAGGUGUGGUGCUCUUAUGGUCCACAGCAUUGCCAGGGCGACCAGAGUACCGGUUCACAUGCCAUUCACAGGUAACCAGCGCGUGCUUUAAUCCAUUUGAUCGGCAUGUUAUCAUUGGAGGCACGUAUUCGGGUCAGAUUGUGGUAUGGGACACACGCGCCAAAAGUGCACCGGUUCAGAAGACUGCUUUGUCGGCGUUCAGUCAUACCCACCCAAUCUACGCCAUGGCUGUUGCAGGAACGAAGACCUCGUAUACUCUGAUAUCUGCAAGCACUGACGGUCGCGUAUGCAUAUGGGAUAUUGAUCAUUUGCAAAAGCCGAUCGAUAUGCUGGAUCUACGCAUUUCGCUCUCUAUUGUGUCCAACUACACGUCUGCAAAUGCUUCCGACAAGAAAACGGAAGCUUCCGUGACUUCUUUUGCAGUGUUGGGCAAGGAGAUCAAGGAGUUGUAUAUAGGGACGGAGGCAGGCAAACUGUACUCGACAAAAGUUGACCAGCAGAAAAAGAAGCCUGGAGCUGGUGACGACAGCGGCAGUAUGGAUACUGACAAGCGAAACCGAGGCAGUCUUCUUGGAAGUAGCACCGGAGACCUCGUUCGCGAGGUUAUCGUUGAGGCAGUCUCAAAGGAAGGUUCUCAUUUUGGGCCCGUUACAGCAAUGCACUUUAAUCCACUGUUACCAAUGCACCGUGAUAGUCUCUUGCUUACCUGCUCACUGGACUCAACGGUCAAGUUGUGGAGUAGUGAGCAUCCUGAGUCCCCAAUGCUUUCGUUUGAGCCUUCCAGCGAAUACAUUAGUGAUGUACGAUGGUCGCCGGUCCACCCUGCGCUGUUCGCAGUUGCUGAUAGUAGUGGUGCUUUGAGCAUUUGGAAUAUUCUGAAAGACACUGAGGUGUCUGUAGUCUCAGAGAAGAUUAGUGAGAAGUCGCUAAACAAGAUUCGAUGGAGCGCUGACGGCAAGAGCGUGAUUACUGGUGACGCCAACGGCGUUUCGUACAUUUAUGGGGUGCCCUCAGAUAUCGCACUUCCUCAGCACGAUGACCAGUCUCUUUUGGAGCGUAAGGUAGCAACCUACAUUGCGACGGCGGCACUGUCAAAGCCAUAA